AGAGAUCAGCUCCUUUAAAGCUAAAUGUAUUUUUUUUAGUCUGUAACAUUAUAGUGCGCAGUCGGUGUUUUUUUUUUCUUUAGAAACACUAUUUUGCUUGUCUGUGAGUAAUUGUAAAUUGCACCAUUAUACGGGUGAUACUGUUUUGUUCUCUCAGUUAGUGCCCUCUCUGUGAAACUCGCCGUUUGUGAACUGCAGCAUGCUUUCGAUUCCAUACGAAACUUGCUUGUUGACAUUAAAACAACGUUUGUUAAUAUCCAAGUCUCAUGGGGGACACACCACUGAGAUCCUGCGACUGAUGGAGAGUCUCUCUCAGUCCUACAGCCCAAGACACUAUAUAAUCGCAGACACAGACAAGAUGAGUGAAGACAAAAUACGCACCUUUGAAAACUCAAAGAAAGACACUGGUUCAAAAGGCCAGUUUACCAUCCAGCGGAUCCCUCGAAGCCGUGAGGUGCGGCAAUCCUGGAGUUCCUCUGUGAUCUCCACUCUGAACGCCCUGCUCUACGCCGUUCCUCUGGUGUUCAGGCUCAGGCCAGACAUGGUGCUGUGUAACGGCCCUGGGACCUGCGUCCCUCUGUGCGCGGCAGGACUUCUCCUGGGCCUCCUGGGACUGAAGAGAGUCCUGCUCGUCUACGUUGAGAGCAUCUGCAGAGUGGAGAGCCUAUCCCUGUCCGGAAAGAUCCUCUAUCACAUCUCGGACUACUUCUUUGUGCAGUGGUCCACCUUGAAAGACAAAUACCCCAAAUCAAUUUACCUCGGAAGGAUAGUCUGACUCUGAAUAGACUAUCUGAGGGGGGGGGGGGAGAGACUACCCUUCUUGUUUUUACUGAUACUAUUUCAUCAUGUUACAAACGGGAACACUUUGCUCUGAUAGAUCAUGUUUAAUAGUUCGCCUGCUUGAUGGACUGUGAUGUACAUUUUUCUACAAACUACAAUGUGAAUACUUUGGAACAUCGAGCCCUGUACAUAAUCUAUAGAUAAUCUAUACAUAAUCUAUAGAUAAUCAAUACAUAAUCUAUACAUAAUCUAUAGAUAAUCUAUAGAUAAUCUAUACAUAAUCUAUAGAUAAUCUAUAGAUAAUCUAUACAUAAUCUAUAGAUAAUCUAUACAUAAUCUAUAGAUAAUCUAUACAUAAUCUAUACAUAAUCUAUACAUAAUAACUAUUUAAAGCUGUUUUGGACCACCUCAAUGUGUUAUGAAAUGGUGUUUUUAUUAUAUGGUGCUGUGUACAGUGUAAAGAAAUACAUAUCCAUACCUGAUAUGUAGCUACAGUAGAUCUGACUUGAGUGAGGUGUUGGUGUCACUACCAUCGUGAAUAAAUUACAUU